AUGAAUCCAGUUAUGCUUCUCUUAGUACUAUGCAUACACUUAACUCUUGCCCAAUGUUAUAAAGAUGGUGUAGUCACAAUACAUAAUAAAGAUUCAUGUUUAACACCAAGUCAAGGUAGUGGAGAUGUAGCUCUUGAACAAAAUGGUAUUGAAGAUUAUAAAGGAUUUAGUUGGAUACGAAUUGUAUUGAAAUCAGGAUCAAAAACACCAACACUCAAUAUUUAUGAUUCAUCAAAUGAAAGGCUUUUACUUAUAUACGAUAAUAAAGAGAUCAUUACAACAACAGUGAAUUUCUAUCUUAAAUCUAGUAAUUGUCAAUGGGCAUUGUAUAAUAAUGAUGGUUUAAAGAAUCCACUGAACUUUUAUUUUUAUCCUGAAUUUGAGAUAUCUGAUUCUAAACCAUUUAUUUUUGCUCCUCAUGGAGAAGGAACUUUUGUCAAUAAAAAUUCUAACUAUAUCACACUUGGGUUUGAUUAUUGGGACUACAGCAAAGCACGUGUUUCAGGGAAGAUUAAAUUGUUUAUUGUUUCAAGUUAUCAAUCAAACCAUAUAGGUCAUGUCUUGACAACAACAGAUUCAGAUGUAAUUAUGAGACCAAAUUAUCCAAACCAAGUUAUGUGCACAUUAAAGAAUGGAGCUAAAAGAUUUGGAUACAACGGUGGGGAUAAUAACGAGGUUCAAGAAGAUUGUACAUGUGCAAUGGUUGAUGGGAAAUGGGAUAAAGAUGAUUGUGCAGAAUUUUUACAGUAUUUCCAAGUUGUUGUUGAUUGUGAUUAUACAACAUCUACAAACGAGCAUUAUGGAGGGUAUGCCUUUAAAGGAUGUAAAGAAAAUCAAUUACCAACUGUCACUAUUCCUGAAUCAUCAACAGUAAUAUUAGAAGAUAUGAGAGUUAAAGAAAAUGGUGUUCAUUUUGAAGUUAGUGGCAAAUUAACUAUAAACUUAACUAUUCCACCAAAUUGUCCACAGAUUUUACUCAACAAAGUUGGAUCGGGAACAAUCACUAUUAGUAGUGUUACUGUAGAAGGUGAUGUCCCAAUUAACCAGUUAUUAUUUAUAAGUAAUAGUGACAGUGUUAUUGCUGCUGGUUUAACAGGAUAUUGUAGUGGAGGUUCUUAUAAGCGAUAUGCUAAAGAAGGUUCUGAUGAAGCAGUAAUGUGCGACUGCCAUUUCAAAGAGAAUGUUCCAGGUGAUUAUUACACUGAAGUUGAUUGUGAAAAAGACUCUGAGUAUAGAAAUUUAAUACUACCCACAACACGUGAAAUCACUGCUCCUCGAACAUGGAAUUCGUUGGUAACACAAACGGUAUUUGACAUUUCAGGAAAACAGAAAUUAAAGGCUAAUUUUAUGACGGUAACAUGUUCAGGAACAAUUAAAACACCAGUAGAAGUCACAACACUCACAAGUAACAAAAACAAUGGGAUAGUGUUUUUUGGAGAAUUGACAGUGACAACCGUAAACACUGAUAUUACAAAUGACGUUGUAUUAAUUUCAUCAUCAAGUAAUGUUGGUUCAUUAUCAAAAAGUUGUGAUGGAAAGAUCAGUGGAUCAAGUAGAUUUUACACUGGAACAGACCCAAAAUGUAAUUGUGAAUAUUCUGAAGGGUCUUUCAAACAAAGAGACUGUAAUUUAUUAAAUAUAUACGAAGCAUCAUACUUUUCUUUAGUUACUUCAGCUUAUCAAGUAUCAAGAAAAGAAUAUUAUUCCAGUAUUAUAUCUACUUCAACAUUUUCACUGAGUGGUUCUGAGACGUUAACUAUCCAAGGUUGUGAUUUUUCAUCAUUAACGAGUGUUAUUAUUGAUUCUUCUUUGUACUGUAAAGUAAUGACUGUUUCAAAAACAACAAAAAUAAAAGUUUCUGCACUGCUCAGUAUUGGAACAUACAAUAUCCCAUCUGAAAAGUAUAUUAAUAGUGGUGCUAUUAUCAGUGUUAGUUCUCCAGAGUAUUUAUCAAUUGAAACAGUUUCUGGAAAUGUGUGUUCAGAUAUCGCAUCAUCCACAGCCUCAUUCAACUCAGAAAAGUAUAAAUCAGUAGAAGGAUGUACUUUAUUAUCAAACAACAAACUAUUAAGAUAUUGUCCUACUUCUAAUAUUGAAGACAUUGUUGAGUGUUCUAUGACAGGAGCUGAUUAUACAACAUCUUCUUCAUUUGACAAAGAAUAUUGUCCAUGUGAAUCAUCAAACUGUUAUAUAUAUCCAACAACACCAUCUAUUGAUUUAAAAUUAAAACUAAUGGAAAACAACUUUGUUAUUGGAGGUACUUCUCUUACAAAAGAAAUAACUAAUCUAAAGACUAUCACUGCCUUAAUGAUUACAUCAGACUCAAAAAUUAUUAAUGUUUUAUCUACAGAAACAGCUAGUUUGCAGUCAUUAACUAUUGAUGGAAAAAGUAAUACUAUUUCACUUGGUCUUUUGUCUAACUUGAUUAAUGUAAAUAAAAUUAGUGUUAAUUCAGAAAAUAAUCAAAUCAGCGUAUAUGCUCAUUCAAUUUCUUCCAUAUAUUCUAAAACAACAAAUGUAAUUCAAAUCAUUAACCCAAAUGAAGUUGUUGUCAAUUCUAUGACAUAUGGAACAACAAUAUUCAAUUCUAUAACAAGUAAAGACAUACUUAUAUUCAAUGAGGGAUCAGGAAUUUCAUUGACAUCAGAAGCUAAAAUAAAUUCUAUUAGUACAGAUGCUGUGACAUUACAGUUCAAUUCUAAAGUGAUAAUUGACUCAAUAAAUCCAACAACAAAUGGAGUUUUAAUCAAGUUAUAUAAAAGUGAAAGUGAAAUUAAGUCAUCUACAGGAACAUAUCUAUACUCAGUCUAUUGUCCAUCAGCAAUAAGUAUUAAAAUAGGAAUGGAAAGUAAGUCAUCAAUUUCUCUUGAGUCUUAUGGGACAGUUGAAUUUACAUCAACAACAAUCACUCUUGAUACAGUUACUUCAGGAUCUUCAUCAAAUCUCAUAAUUGGAAGUGAUGUCACAACACUCACUCUCAAUAAGAUUAUAACAAAAAAAACAUCUGGAGAAAUAUUCACAUUAUCUCCUUCAACAAACCAACUCACAGUUAAUCUUGCAACAGAUUAUAGUUCUAGUAUUACUAACCCAAUGGUCUUAUUCUAUACUAGACUUCGAAGAGUUAAUGUUGAUAAACAAUGUGAUGGAGUUGCUGUCCUUUCGGGAAGUUAUUCUGAUGAAAUUACAACAUGUAAAAAACUUGGGCUAUAUGACAGAAAGUGUAAACUAACUGAUUCACUUUAUACUUACAAUGGCUACAUUGACUACUCAUGUCCAUGUUCAUCCACAAAAUCAAAUUGUGAAAUAUCACUAUUUUCAUCUCAACCUACUUACCAAUAUCCUUCUGGACUCCAACCAACUACACUAAUACUAGAAAGUAACACUGCACUAACAUCAAUAAACAAUGUUGUAUUCACUCUUCAAACAAGUUUAUCUUCGCUGACACUCUCAGGAAAUAGUUCAGUAAUCUCAAUAAGCUCCUCUGAUAUUUCUUCUAUUAUACUAACAAUCACUUCAUUAGAAGAUGGAUUUAUUCUUCACUCACAAGUAAAACCAAUGACAAUUAAUACAAAUGCACUACUAAAAUCAACAAGUAAAAGCUAUGAUUUGAUUUUAGGAGAAACUACUUCAUUAUGUGAUUACUAUUUGUUCAAAGAAGGAUCUGUUCUCUGUCAGAAAUGUAAAGAAGGAUCUGUUCUUAUUAACAAUGUUUGUUAUAUAUCUCAAGACAUUCCACAUUGUACAAACUAUGUUAAAACAAUAUCUGGAAUUGGAUGUCGAGAAUGUUCAUAUGGAUAUUAUUGGAAACAAGGAACUUGUUCUAAGUGUUCUGAAAGUAAUUGCAUUGUCUGUAAAGAUAAUGAUGGUACAUGCAUUGAAUGUAAUGAAGGAUAUAAAUUAAUGAAUGGAGUAUGUACUGCUGUUACUCCUGAAAGUACAAACUGCCUUUAUUUCAAAGAUCAUUGUUAUAAAUGUUCUAAUCACCUAUCGGUGUUAUUUGGGUCUACCAAUUAUUGUGCCACAUGUGACGAUGAGUGCUCUAGUUGUAAAAUCACUACCAACCAAUGUACUAUAUGUAACAUAGAUAAAAAAUAUAUUUCAGUAUCAGGACAAUGUUCUCUUGACCAAACAGCAGAUUUAGUUUCAAAUGACAAUAUUAUUUCAUGUACGUCUAAUUAUUAUUUAAAUUCUAGAGAAUGUGUGGCUUGUUCAAAGAAAUUUAAGGAUUGCAAUACAUGUACUGAAAAAACAUGUACUAGUUGUUCUUCUCCCAAUGCUUAUAUUAAUAAAGAUGGGUCAUGUGAAGUGGAUCCAAAUUGUAAAGUGUAUGAAAACAACCAAUGUUCUGUUUGUAAAGAUGGAUAUUUCAAAACAUCAGAAGGAAUUUGUUCUAGUUGUGGAACUAAUUGUAUUAAAUGUACAGAUUCUGACUUUUGUCUUGAAUGUAGUGAUUCAUAUUAUCUAACAACCAUGGGAAAGUGUACAGUCAAUGAAUUACCAAAUUGUGAAUAUAGUUCUACCAAAGGAUGUACUCGUUGUUUUGACCACUUUUAUCUUGACUCUGAUGGAAAUUGUCAACCGUGCAGUAACACAUGUCUAACAUGUUUUAAAAAUGCUUCUUUUUGUACUUCUUGCCCAACAGACUAUUACUUGGAUCAAAGUACAUGUGUUACUGAUAAUAAUAACUCUGUUAAAUGCUCACAUAUAUUACCAGGAGGUAAGUGUGCUAUUUGCAAUGCUGGUUAUUAUACCUUAAAUAGUAAUUGUCAUGAAUGUUCAGUAAACUGUACCACAUGUCAGUGGGAUGCAAGUGAUUGUAUUGAGUGUGGAGAAAAUUAUUAUCGUUCAUCAUCACAAAAUAAAUGUUUAUCACAAGAUGACCUUGUUUAUUGUAUUUCAAAAAAUUCAUGGGGUUGUUCUAAAUGUCUUGAUGGAACAUAUUUGUACAAUGGUGAGUGUUAUUUAUGUUCAAAUGACUGUGUGACAUGUGGGUCACCAACAGUCUGUACAUUAUGCGGUAACGAAACAGUAUUGAAAAAUGGAAAAUGUGUACCAUUAGAAGCAAUUGUCAAUUGUAUAGAAACGUCAAAUGGUAAAUGUUCUAAAUGUUCAUUAAAUUAUAAACCAACAGAACUUGGAGAUUAUUGUGAAUUCCAUUUAAAUGUUUUAAUUGUUAUUCUUCCAAUUAUUGGAUUUAUUAUUAUUUUAAUUAUCGUUCUUUGUAUGGCUAUUAUUCUCAUUUAUUCUAUUACUAGAUAUACUGCAAAUAAACAACGAGAAAAAGAAUUUACUUCAUUUAAAAUGUCUAAUUCAUCAAUUCACUUUGUUCCAUUAUCAAACGGAAGCUACUUGAUGGUCAAUAAGAAAGAAAUAAACUUUACUGAAAAUAGUGUGAUUCCUGUAGGUCAAGAAACUAAAACAUUAUUAUGUAUUGGAAAUACAAAUAGAGUUAUAAUGAAAGUACAAAUUACUAAUAAAACUGAUUGUGAAAGUAAAUAUGGAAUAAGAAGUGAACCACAACUAGCAUUUAUCAAACCAGGAAAUGCAGUUGAAUUUAAUUUAUUUGUAAAACCAUAUUGCACUUGUAAAGUUGAUGAUCCAAUUCUUAUUGUCUCUUCAGAUGUUAAAAACAAUAAAGAAAAAAUAUAUCAACUCCAAGUAAUAUUUGAAACAGAAUUAACAUCUCUAUUAGAUUAUGAUGAACUUGAAAUGGAUAAAAAACUUGGAGAAGGUGCAUUUGGUGUUGUUUUUAAAGGAGAGUUUAGAGGAAAUAAAGUAGCAGUUAAACAAAUGAAGAAUAUGUCAGGUGAUAGUGAGACAAUAGAAGAAUUUGAGAAAGAAGUAUCAAUGUUAGAUAAAUUUAGAAGUGAAUAUAUCAUUCAUUUUUAUGGAGCAGUAAUGGUGCCAAAUAAGUAUUGCAUGGUAACAGAAUAUGCAGAAUAUGGAUCACUACAAGAUUCUAUUCAUAAUUAUUCCAAAGAUAAAAGACCUGGACAUAAAUUAAGAAUAAAGUUUAUGAUUGAUGCUGCAAAAGGAAUAGAAUAUCUUCAUUCAAAUGGAGUAUUACAUCGAGACAUUAAACCAGAUAAUAUUCUUAUUGUAUCAGUUAAUCCUGAUACUUUGGUUAACGCUAAACUUACAGACUUUGGGUCCUCAAGAAAUGUUAAUAUGCUAAUGACAAAUAUGACGUUCACAAAAGGAGUUGGAACACCAAUGUAUAUGGCACCAGAAGUUCUUGGUCAAAAGAAAUAUAAACUGCCAUCUGACAUCUUUUCAUUUGGAGUUAGUUUAUUUGAAGCGUACACAUGGGAUACUCCAUAUCCAAUUGAAAAGUUUAAAUACCCAUGGGAUGUAGCACAAUUUAUUGGUUCUGGUAAACGAUUAGAAAAGCCAAAUAAAAUGCCAGAGUGGGUGUAUUCCAUAAUAAAUAAGUGUUGGGAUGAAGAACCAACAAAACGACCUGAAAUUAAUGUUGUGGUAAAUGAAUUAGAGAGUGGGUAUAAUGAUAUGUAA